UUUGGUUAGUUGUCUAUUGGAGUUCGCAGCGCUUAUAGCCAACAUUCGAUAGGGUUCGCCGGAUCCGGUUCGAUCUACAUACGUAUACGUGGGACAGGGAUAUGCCCCGAGCAUUACAAAGUGAAACGCAAAUAAACACGCCAAAAAUAUACUCCAUUCCGAGUUCCGAGCUGACAUAAAGGAUGUCCUCAAAAGUGAUUAGUUCUUUGAUGGCCGAGAGCAUUUUGCUCACGAAAAUGGCCCAAGUGAUUUCGGGAUACUCCCCCAUAACAAUCUUCCUGCUGGCGUCCAUCACCAUCUUCCUGGUGGUCUACAACAAGCGCAGGUCCCGCCUGGUGAAGCACAUUGAGAAGAUACCGGGCCCGGCCGCCAUGCCCUUCCUGGGCAAUGCCAUCGAAAUGAAUGUGGAUCACGAUGAGCUCUUCAACCGCGUCAUCGGCAUGCAGAAGCUGUGGGGCACGCGCCUCGGCAUCAAUCGCGUCUGGCAGGGCACCUCGCCCCGGGUGCUACUCUUCGAGCCCGAAACGGUGGAGCCCAUCCUGAACAGCCAGAAGUUCGUGAACAAGAGCCACGACUACGACUAUCUGCAUCCCUGGCUGGGCACCGGCCUCCUCACCAGCACCGACCGCAAAUGGCAUUCCCGCAGAAAGAUUCUCACGCCUGCCUUCCACUUCAAAAUCUUGGACGACUUUGUGGAUGUUUUCAACGAGCAGAGCGCCGUGCUGGCCCGCAAGCUGGCCGUUGAGGUGGGCAGCGAGGCGUUCAAUCUGUUCCCCUACGUCACGCUCUGCACCUUGGACAUUGUCUGUGAGACCGCCAUGGGUCGCAGAAUCUAUGCCCAGAGCGACAGCGAGUCGGAGUACGUGAAGGCAGUCUACGGAAUUGGCUCGAUUGUGCAGAGUCGCCAGUCGAAGAUCUGGCUGCAGAGCGACCUCAUCUUCCGGCUGACCGACGACUACAAGCUCCACCAGAGCUACAUCAGCACGCUGCACGGCUUCUCCAACAUGGUGAUUCGGGAGCGCAAGACCGAGUUGGCCCUCCUGCAGGACAGCAACAACAACAACAAUAACAACAACACCCCCGAUGCCUACGAUGAUUUGGGAAAGAAGAAGCGUCUGGCCUUUUUGGAUCUGCUGAUCGAUGCCUCCAAGGAGGGCACCGUGCUGACCAAUGAGGACAUUCGCGAGGAGGUGGACACGUUCAUGUUCGAGGGCCAUGACACCACCUCGGCUGCCAUUUCCUGGACCCUGUUCCUGCUCGGCUGCCAUCCGGAGUACCAGGAGCAGGUGGCGGAGGAGCUUGACUCAAUAUUCGGGGACGACAAGGAGACGCCCGCCACCAUGAAGAACCUCAUGGACAUGCGCUAUCUGGAGUGCUGCAUCAAGGACUCCCUCAGACUCUUCCCCAGUGUGCCCAUGAUGGCUCGCAUGGUGGGCGAGGAUGUGCAUAUCGGUGGCAAACUUGUACCUGCCGGCACUCAAGCAAUCAUCAUGACAUACGCCCUGCACCGCAAUCCGCGGGUCUUCCCCAAGCCAGAACAGUUCAACCCCGACAACUUUCUGCCCGAGAACUGUGCCGGCCGGCACCCCUUCGCGUACAUCCCCUUCAGCGCCGGACCCCGCAACUGCAUUGGCCAGAAGUUCGCCAUUCUGGAGGAGAAGGCCGUCAUCUCCACGGUGCUGCGCAAGUACAAGAUCGAGGCUGUCGAUCGGCGCGAGGAUCUCACCCUGCUGGGCGAGCUCAUUCUGCGGCCCAAGGACGGGCUCCGUGUCAAGAUCACGCCGCGUGCUUGAGCGCAGAGGCCCAGCACUCUAUCCAAAGUAUAAAACGUGUAAAUAGUUAGAGAUACCGUAAUGUUAGGGACUAGUUUAUGUUAAACUAAACGAUUAAUGCACAGGGUUGUGCCCUGUUUCGCUCCGUAAUCUAUUCAGUGUUAGGCUAAGAAUAAAACUCAGUGAUUGAAUAAUUGUAUCCCGUUUAUUUAAACGCGGAGCAAUCCGGUAUGCACAAUUAAAUUAAUUAAAAGUAAUUAA